CUCCUUCAGCGCCUCCGCCGCCAGCACCUCCACCACCAGUGCCAUAGUGACGAGGUGUGGCAAUGUUAGCCUCGUGGAAGCGACAGUGGUGUCAGUAAUAAUUCAUAUUUGUAUUGCCAGCGGCGAGACCCGGAGGUAAGGGUGCGCGGGGAGGGGUGAGGAAGCAGACCUCACCACGCACAGCAGACGACACUCCGCCUCCGUCGCCACCUCCAGCACCACCACCAUGCUCGCCUCCGCCAGGAUGUCUCUACCCUGCACCAGCCUUAGGCUUCAUGCCAGGGCUGUUUCAACUAUUGUAAAAGAUCUCCAGAUUACCGACUUCUCUGUGGAGAAUGAGCCAGUUAUGGGUUACCUACCAGGUAGCCGUGAACGCACUGAACUUGAGGCUGCCAUUGCUAAACACGAGUCCCAGGUAGCAGAAGUGCCCAUCAUGAUUGGAGACCAGGAGUACCGCACAGAUCUAGUCCAGCACCAAGUGAUGCCCCAUAAGCAUUCCCACAAAUUAGCCAAGUUCUACUAUGCAACAUCAGAGCUUGUACAGAAAGCCAUCGACACAGCAAUGGCAGCAAGAGUUAACUGGGAGCGCAUUCCUCUGAAUGAAAAGUUUGACAUGUGGCUUAAGGCAGCAGAUCUAAUGGCAGGAAAGUACCGACAAGACCUUAAUGCUUCAACCAUGUUGGGUCAGAGCAAGACAGUUAUCCAAGCUGAGAUUGAUUCUGCAGCUGAGCUUAUUGACUUCUUUAGAUUUAAUGCAUUGUAUGCCAAAGAAGGAACUAAAUGGCAACCUCGCAGCCCUGAACCAAAUGUAACUGUUAACAAACUUAGACUACGAGGAAUGGAAGGAUUCAUUGCAGCAGUCUCUCCUUUCAAUUUCACCGCUAUAGGAGGCAACUUAGCAUACACGCCUGCAAUGAUGGGUAAUGUUGUUUUAUGGAAACCUUCCGACACUGCCAUACUGAGCAACUUCACAAUCUAUAAGAUAAUGCGAGAAGCCGGUGUACCUGGAGGUGUUGUGAGUUUUAUUCCAGCUGACGGGCCAGUCUUUGGAGAUGGAGUAACCAGCUCCCCUCAUUUGGCAGCCAUUAAUUUCACCGGAUCAGUACCAACCUUCCAGCGACUGUGGUCUCAGGUUGGAAGUAAUUUGCAGAAUUACAAAAGUUUUCCCCGCCUGGUGGGGGAAUGUGGUGGCAAAAACUACCACCUGGUGCAUCCCUCUGCGGAUGUUACCUCCGUUGUUAAUGGCACUAUACGAUCAGCUUUUGAGUAUUGUGGGCAGAAGUGCUCGGCCUGUUCACGUGCCUACUUCCCGAUAUCACUGUGGCCAGAGAUCAAAGAAAAACUGUUGGCUGUUCAAAAGGAGCUGAAGGUUGGUGAUGUCAGAGAAUUUGACUCCUUCAUGUCAGCUGUGAUUGAUGCGAAAGCCUUUAAACGCAUCAGCAGUUACAUUGAACAUGCCAAGACUUCUGCCAACACUUCAAUUAUUGCAGGAGGAAAAUAUGAUGACAGUGUUGGUUACUUUGUGGAGCCAACAAUUGUGCAGACAACAGAUCCCCUUGACCGCAUCAUGACUGAAGAGAUCUUUGGACCCAUCCUAACAGUUUACGUGUAUCCUGAUGACCAAAUAGAUGACGUUAUCAAUCUUGUCAACACAUCAACCCCAUAUGCUCUGACUGGAGCAAUAUUUGCUAAUGAUGAGGCAUGGUUGGCAAAAGCAACAGAGGCAUUAAAAGAUUCUGCGGGUAACUUUUAUAUCAACGACAAAUCAACUGGAUCAGUAGUAGCACAGCAACCCUUUGGAGGAGCACGUAUGUCAGGAACAAAUGAUAAGGCUGGAGGUUUGCAGUAUGCUCUCAAGUGGACUUCCCCUCAAUCCGUCAAGCAGACCUUCGUUCCGCUGACUAACAUAAAAUAUCCAUAUAUGGGUUAAUUCAUGUGUAGCAGUUGUGGAUGAUGGGAGGCUGAUCACUAUAUCUUGUCCCUCCACAUUUUGUGCACCCUUAGUCCAUAUUAGACUCGGUAGAAUACCUGUUGUCCAGUAUGAAGAAAAUUACAGUCGUUUUGGAGGAUAAUUCAGUAAUACAAUAUUUGCUGCUGCUGACUUGUAAUUUUAUUUUUAGAGUUUCUGCCAGUAAAUCUUGUACUUAACACUAGCAUCCUUCCUUCCCCAGAAAAAUCAUAAAUGGAUGAUUGAACAAGAUGACUUGUAUAGAUUUACAGACACUAAGGCAAUGUUUGCAAAUGUUUUUAGUAUUAUUAUAACAACAUUCUAUGUAUUGUUACUUUAAGAUACAUAUUUUUAUGUAUUUAAAGAAACUUUCCACUUGAUUUAAAACCAUUUAACUUAAAAAUAUUGAAACAAUUUGCAUCCUAAUGCUAAGAAUUUUGCUGCUCCCAAUUUUGAAUAACUGGUUCGGUAUUCUACCGAAUAAUAUGCAAAUUUCCUGACUUGUCUUAAUACCCUUGAUGUUUUCAACCUCUAAACAAAGGUAUGGAAAGGUGCAGCGUCAUGGAAGAAUAUAUAUUUACGAUGUUUUGUUCACGCAGGAGUCGUUGCAGGACAAAACAAACUGAGCAUAAUUAAAACUUCAAAACUAGUAAAGAAACAAAACCUGCAUUUAGAAGCAGAGUUAGUGUAGAACUGCCUCUUUGUUAUACUGUAAUGUGAUUACCUACUAAGGUCACAGUGAUCCCAAGCAAAAUGAUUUGUUAUAGGAGAUGUAUAAUAGUAUGUGAAGCACUAGCAGAAUGGGAUAUCAAAUUAGAGCCUGAAGCAAUAGUCAAAUGGUGAAAACAAUGAUUUGUUUUAUUGUUUUGCAGGUUUAUCCCCCACUCAACCUGACAUAUCUGCAUAGAAAAAAACUUCACUAGAUGCACUAUGCCAAUUACAAUAGGUUCAUGAAAUGUUUAUAAAUAAACAAAUUGUGGCAGGAGUAACAUUUCAGCUAUUUUUACAAAUGUGAGGCUACAUGUGGUCAGUUUUUACUUUACACAUCAUACAGUAAUUGUUAUGUAAAUACAGUUGUAUUUUACAACUGUACAUGUCUGUCUGUGUACAUGUUUAAAGGUACAAAUGCAUUUACUGAACUAAUUUGUAUUCAAAGAAUUGUGAUCAUGCUGGUACAUAAGCAAGCACUUUGAGCAUUAAUUUAUUCAAUUCUCUAGAAUACUGCACAAUGAUAGCUUAAGACCUUUUGUACCAUUUAUAUUUUAAGAUAAAUUAUGUUAUUUGUGGAUAAGCUUAGAAAAUGCACUAUAAUUCUAGGCAUAUUUUAUGGUCAUUCCAUAAACUGUAGACAGGGAGCAGAGUACAGUAAUUAAGGAACAUGACCUUUAAGAACUUUCAGGGGGUAUUGUUAAGCAUCUCAUUGUUAACUCGAUAGCAAAGUUGUUGGUUAGAGAAUUGACCGAUUAAUUUUGGUGUGAUCACCUUUGCCAUCUGACAACUUGAAAUAUCAUUCCUUGAUCUUCCAUGAUAUUAUGCCUUAUGUGAUAGCACACAAACACAAUUUCCAAUGAUUACAGAAUAUCACUUGAAUCAAAUUAGUCUUAAUUGUACGAGCAAAGUAGAUUGCUUCUGCGAUUUUAAGAAUUUAUUUAAUUCAAUAACUUUGACAAUAUUACAAUAAUGUUUAUAAAUAAUACUGUAUAUAUGAUACUCUAUACAUGAAAACUAUAUUGGAAUUCAGAUGGUGAAAGUUUAUUUUAUCAAUGUUAGACAAGAUUGUAGCCUAUAUCUGUGACAUGGCAUAAACACUUUUAGAACUUAAAUAACUACUUCUGUAAAAAUAAAUGGAGAGUUAUUUUAUGCUCACCACAGUUAGUCUUUCAUUGUAUAACCCAAACUCUUUGGAAAUUGUUAACGAGUGCCCAAACUCUUUGGAAAUUGUUAAUGAGUGCAGCUACCUAAAUAAUCACACAAAUUUAUUUUCUCUACACAUACUGACCAUGCAAGAUAAACAUGGAUGACAGCAGCUCAUUUAUUACUGCUGCUACUGUGAAAACUGAGCCACACAAAUGGCAUUAGUUUUGAAUACUUUAUUUCCCAAGGUGUAAAAAAAUGUUUUCAAUAAAAUUAAUGUUGA